ACGAUAUUAUUAUCUAUCUGAUUUACAUAACCGAUGAGCUGUUCUUUCUUCUACACACGUAUAUUUUACGCUCACUGCAUAAUUAAUCUGCAUGCAUCAGCUGCUUUCCGUAUCCGUAUUUGUCAUACGUGCAUAGGACAGAUACAUCUAUACCAAAUAUGUUCGUAUAACCUAAGUUUUGCAACCUGGUCACUGCACAUGUGUAGUAUAAUUAUGUCUCAGGAAGAGAAAAAUCUAGAUGUGAAUAAAGCUUUCGAGGAUUUAUUAUUCGCAGAGGAAGUUGCACAGAAAUCAGCCUAUGAAAAAGGCUACGAAAGCGGCAAGGAGCAAUUAUUAAAGGGAUAUCAUCUUGGAUAUCAUAGGGCUAGCAUAGUUGCUGCUCAAUUGGGGUAUUACAGCGGAGUCUUGGAACAGUAUCUGCAGAAUAAUGUAGAUGCAGGCACCAAAUGUGAAAAAACGACAGCGAUAGCCAAACAGCUUUUGCAAGAUAUUAGUUGUACCUUCCCUGAUCAUCAAGACGAUAAUCUGGACAUUCUGAAAGCCGUAGAAGAUAUCAAGUUCAAAUAUGCCAAGUUCUGUUCGUUAGCAAAGAUUAAUCCAUUGUACCCUGAAGCAGAUAAACUUGAAUUCUGAUAGAACGACAACAAUGAUGGAAUAUAAUAAUCACUU